GUCAAAGCAUGUAUGUAAACAAGAUCCAUAAUACAAUUACAUUUCAAAUGAGUCAUUGGCAUGGCUCGGCAGGACCAUUUAAGCAUAUGAAGAAUGUUACAUCUUAUCUAGCUACCUUAUUGUCUUCUGAUAUGGUCCAGGAAUGGCUGUGUCUCAAUUGUCAGAUGCAGAGGGCUCUCGGCAUUGAUAUGACCACACCUCGUUCUAAGAGUCAACAACAGAUCCACUCGCCGUCCCAUCAAGCGAAACCUCUUGUCCAGCCUCAGCAGGCUGCACCUCAGCCAACACAGCCGACGACUGCAGCACAGCCCAAACCUUUGGCACAGAGCCAGCCCGCCCAGGAACAGCAGCAGCAGCAAAAACCGCAGACACAACUCUAUGGCCAAACUCAGCCCUACUCCCAGUCACAGCCAUAUUCACAGUCCCAAACAUACCCCCAGUCACAGCCUUAUUCUGACUCCCAGACUUACCCGCUGUCCCAGCACUAUCCCCAAUCCCAACAGUAUCCCCAGAUGCAGGAGCAUCCCCAGUCCAAACAGUAUCCCCAGUCCCAGCAUUACCCACAAUCUCAGCACUACCCCCAGUCCCAGCAACACCCACAGUCCCAGCAGUAUCUCCAAUCCCAGCAGUAUCCCCAGUCUCAACAGUACCCUCAUCUCCAGCAGCAUCAACAGUCUCAGCAAUAUCCACAGUGUCAACAGUAUCCCCAGGGCCAGCAGCAGCCUUACCCGCAGUCCCAGUCCGGAUCCCAGCCUCAGCAGCAGCCUUACCCGCAGUCCCAGUCCGGAUCCCAGGCUCAGCAGCAGCUUUACCCGCAGUCCCAAUCUGGAUCCCAGGCUCAGCAGCAGCCUUACCCACAGUCCCAGUUUGGACCCCAGGGUCAGGAGCAUCAGCAUCAGCAUCAGCAGCAGCAACAGCAUCAGCCUUAUCCACAGUCUCAGUCUGGACCUCAGGCUCAGCAUUAUCCCCAGGCUCAUCAACAGCCUUAUUCACAGUCCCAGCCAGGGCCCCAGACACAACCUCCUAGUUCACAAGGCUUACACACUCAUACGACUUUGAGUGGCCCCCAGAGCCAGACAGAUCGCUCCCACCAGGGUAUGAGGCCUGACUCAUACUCCCAGAGAGGUCCAAGAGCUGCUGGAGGUUCUGGAGGAGGCCCCACUCAACCUGGUGGUCCAAGGAUCCCCCACCCUGGCGCUGUACCCCUCCCUGGCUUGACAAAAGCACCCUCCCAACCCGAUUUGGGUCGUGGCUCUCCCAUGCACCAGUCAAUGGCACGGCACCAUGACCAUACCAGAAGCGCCGGCUCCUCUCCAGCUCACAAGCCCCAGACCCAUGCUCCAGCCCAAGAUGGACUGACCAAGCUGUUUGGUUUUGGAGCUUCCUUGCUUAACCAGGCAAGUACUCUGAUCAAUGUAGACCCUUUGCCCACCUCUUCCACCCAUCCCAGUCCUGCACGGGGCAAGGUUGUAUUCAGUAAUGCAACUCCUGACAACAGGCAUCCACAGCAAGGGGCCUCGGGGGCCAAACAAUUUGGCAUUGCGGGUCUUCAUGGGCCAAGCCAAAUGAGUGGCCCACAUGCACCAAACCAAAUGGCCGGCUCUCAUCCACCGAACCAAAUGGGGGCCCCCCAUGCAACGAGCCAACUGGGGGGUCCGCAUACACAGAGCCAGGUAGGAGGUCCGCAUGCACUGAAGCAACAGCACCAGACCGUACCCCACCAACAAGGAAUGCCACAACAGCCGUCGCCCGCCCUUCAACAAAAAGAUCCACAGCAACAUCAAGGUCAGCAACACCGAGAAAUAUCCUCACAUAUACAGAAGGCAGAACCAAAGCAGGAGCCUGCGAUCGCUCCUGGCGCAGCUACGGAGCCAAUGAAGCCCAAAAUCAACUGUCCUCUGUGUAAAACAGAGCUGAACAUUGACAGUUCCGACCCACCCAACCACAACACAUGCACACAGUGCCACACUCAAGUGUGCAAGCUUUGCGGCUUCAACCCGACGCCACAUCUGGUCGAGAAAAAAGAGUGGCUAUGUCUCAACUGCCAAACCCAGCGGCUAAUGUCCGGAGGCGGUCUGGAUGAGCCUCCUCUGCCUGUUCCUCACCCGUCCCCCAAACAUCAGCCAUCUGGGUCACCGCGCCACCAGGCACCAGCCAGUCAACAAAGCCCUCUCCACAAAGCCACCAAUCAACAGGGGUCCAAACAAGCCCAGCCUCAGACCCAGAAACCACAGCCAGGAACUGGGGGUAGUGAAGAGUUUGUGCCAAAUGCUGCGAAACUGCCAGCAGACACCAAGACUACGAUACCAGCUACAUCUCCUGGAUCAACAGCAGAGACCCAGAAGAAGACAAAAACCACAGAGGAAAAACUGAAGAUGGAGCCUGAAAGCCAAAUGGUGAAAGACAGCAAAACCCCUCUCAAGAAAGGAGAUCAAGUCACACCAAUCAAGGAAAUAAAAAAGUCAAGGCAUUACGACGAAACAAAAAACAACAGCACACAUGAUUUGUCACGCAGCCCUCAGAGCCUCAGUGAUACUGGUUACUCCUCCGACGGCAUUUCCAGCUCCCACAGCGAAAUCACGGGACUAAUUCAAGAGGAGGAGAUGAAAUUGAGUGAGAGGGGCAUCAUUGGGCGGGGCUCCCCACCAAGCCCUUCAGAAAUCACCAAGCUGGAAAGCUCCAUGAGGCCUUUGCUGGAGAAAAGCCUUUCCGAAGACAAAGUGGACAGAAGGGGAAGGAAGCACAGGGAUAGAGACCUGGAUGACAGAGGGAAGCAGCGCCCACGAUCUUUGUCGAUCCCCCCAGAUGCAUAUGACUCGGAUGAGGAACUUGAAGACAUAAUCGAAGAAGAAGAAGAUGGAGGAGACUGGGAGGGUAAAUGGAAAGAAGGGAAAGAGGAGAGAAAGGAAAAGAAAAAAAAGGAAAAGGAAGUUCUUCCUGCAGAGAUGACCGAUGAGGAAUUCAUGAGGAGACAGAUAAUGGAAAUGAGUGCUGAUGAGGAAAACGAUGAGGAGGAAGAAGAGAUGGAGGAAGAUGAAGAUGAGGAAGAUGAAGGAUAUGGCUUUGAACGAAAGAAAGGCCACCAUAAGCACAUCAUAUCUGACACAGCAAAAGACAAGCGCCGCCUACAGCACCACUCUAGCAGUUUUGAGGAGGAAACAAAAAGUUCCACGGAUGUUUAUAAAAGCUCAGUGGAAGAGGGUGAAGAAGAUCUGAUGGCAUCACAAGGUGGUCUGAGGCGCUUUAAAACCAUCGAACUCAAUAACACCAACAGCUAUAACCGAGACAUUGAGCUCAGUAACGAAAACGACUUGAGCCUUGAUCGUGAACCCGAACUGGAGAUGGAGAGUCUGACCGGCUCCCCUGAUGAGCGUUCUCGGGGCGACUAUUCUUCCACUCUACCACCAACUUCUGCAUCCUCUUAUGGCUCAGGCCAGUCUCCCACAUCUAUCUCAUCAAUGGAAGAAGACAGUGACAGUAGCCCCAGCAGGAGACAAAGGUUGGAAGAAGCCAAGCAACAGAGGAAAGCACGACAUCGGUCACAUGGCCCUCUCCUUCCUACCAUUGAAGACUCUUCAGAAGAAGAUGAACUGAGGGAGGAAGAGGAACUUUUGCGAGAGCAGGAGAAGAUGAGAGAGGUGGAACAACAAAGAAUCAGAAGCACAGCUCGCAAGACUAAGCGGGAUAAAGAUGAGCUGAGAGCUCAAAGACGCAGAGAAAGGUCCAAGACACCACCCAGUAACCUUUCACCUAUUGAAGACGCAUCUCCAACAGAGGAGCUGAGACAAGCUGCCGAAAUGGAAGAACUCCAUCGUUCCUCUGCCUCUGAAUAUUCCCCUCAGAGUCUAGAUUCAGAAGCUGAGGGCUAUGAGUCAAAGCUUUACAAGUCAGGCAGUGAAUACAACCUUCCUACAUUUAUGUCCCUUUACUCACCAAUUGAGAAAUCAUCAGUCACAACCACAAUAGCACCAUCAUCCACGUCCAGGCCAUUAAAGAGUGCCGAGGAGGUCUAUGAGGAGAUGAUGAGGAAAGCAGAGUUACUUCAAAAGCAACAGAAACACCAGCAGCAGCAGUCUCCAGUAAGACAUGGUCAGUACUAUGAGGAGGACAUUAAUGGACAAGGCUACGAUGAUGAGUAUGGCUAUGAACAAGAUCAAUCUGGAUAUGACAAUGAUGCCGUCAAGACAGAAACAGAUAUUUUUGAGGAGAUCCGACAAACAUCUCAGAACAUCACAAAGAUGCAGCAGGCGACUGAUGAGCAAGUAGAGAUUGAGAACUCCUACUCAGACAAACAAUUUCUCGGCACAGGCUCCGCCUUUGCAAAACUGCUGGAGCAAAGCAAUGCCCUCCUGACUCCAGGAACCAGUCCGACCCAGAUCUCUGCUCCUGUGUCUUUUGCUGAAACGGGAGGACGCAUCACUGAUGUUAGAGUCACUCGACACUUUGCUUCCAAGGACAGACACAACGACAGAUUGAAAAACCAAGUGGGUAAAAACGGAAUUACCCCAACAGUGGCUGCCACUACUAUCGCAGCUUAUGGAGUCUAUGCUAGAGAUGCUGUAACAAUUUCACAAACAAGUACAAGCAACACUAUAACUUCCACACAGUCUUCUGUCUAUAGCAGACAUACAAGUCCUGCUACAUCUUCAGCUACAGUCUCAAGUGUAUGUAGCAAGAUUGCAGAAAUUACCCAAGCCUAUAGUCAAAGAGAGGUCAUCACCAGAAGGGUAGGAGACAGUCGGAGUGUUCCGGUUCGAGACAGCCCAACAUCUGCAAAUGAGCGGACCAGUGAGCAACGCUCUCCAAAGUAUACAACUUAUUACAGGAGCACCAGCCCUCCACUUUCUCCAUCCCCACCACCACAAAGUCCCACCCGCUCCCCUUCCCGGAGGGCUACAGCUGAGUUUUCCACACAGACAUUCAAUUCAACACUACAAAUGGACUCAGGAGGUUCCGGGCCAGCAUCUCCGGUGAUGGCUCAGGGAACCCAAACUUCACAUAGAUCGGUCUCCCCACGGCUCUACCGGCAGCAGUCAUCCCAGGAUGUGCCAUACUCUCCACCAGCAAGUCCAGCUCGCCCAAUGACGGUCAACACGGCUACAUCCCCUUUGUCUUCACCCACACGAUUUAGCCAUCAGUCUACAUUUGAUUCUUAUUCACCAUGUGGGAGUCCUCCAGAUACGCCCCCUUACCAACAUUCACCUACACGCAGCUUCUACAGAACGCAAAGAAUAGAAAAGGUAAAUGUUGGGACAAGUAUGGUUACAACAGCCAGUACUUAUACAAGAGGCUCUUUUUCCAUGGAUAACAUCUCUCUCUGCCGCAUAUCUUCAGUCCCAGGCACAUCUAGGGUAGAGCAGAGCCCUAUGAUCCAAGGUGGAAGUGUUGUGGACCUGAGAACAGCCACAAAAACUGCUCCAAUCAUCAUGACUGAUCAAGGAAUGGAUCUCACCUCUCUAGCCACUGAAAGCAGAAAAUACCAUGGUGGAUCGGAGGGGAGCAGACAUUCAACAAUUGUACAGCCAUUGAUCAUGAACCUGAAUGCCCAGGAGACCAUCACACCAACCACUGUGAGUGUAACUGUGGCAGCUUCCAUGUUCAUGACCCAGCCCAAACAACCAAUGAUCUAUGGUGAUCCCUAUGAUAAUAGAGUAGAUUUAGGUCAGGGCAUGGGUUCAGCUGUGUCUUUUUCCCAAAACAAACCCCCUGUAUCACCCCCAAUGGACCCAUCAAUACCAAAAAUUGAUGCUAAACUCGAAGAUCUUAGUAUUCAACAGAAAGAACUACAAAAACAACAGGAGAAGCUGCAGAUGCAACAGGAGCUACUUGAGCAGCAGUUGCAGCAGCAUCAUCAUAUGCAACAGCAACAGCAACAAGCAUCUGUUUUAGCUAGGUAUAACCUAUCAGGCCAGGUCUCACCCUUGCAGAAAAAGGACUUGCUGGUCAGCCAGACUAGUACUGCCUCCACUGUUGUCAGUGCUGUCUCACCAGUCAUCAACCAAGAGAUGUAUGGGACUGGGCCCAUUGAGCUGAAAGGAAAGCCCAGUCCUCCUGGCAUGAUUACAGGAGGGAACGCACCACAUAGUAUGAUGGUACAGAUAGAUGGCGGGCAAGACCAUGUCAAACCAGUAACCCAGCUUAUAAAAGUAGAAGAAGGACAGGAUGCUGCAGAUCUGAGAGGGGGGCAGAUUAAACCUGACAACCAACUAGCUUGCUGCGAUGUUGUUUAUAGACUUCCCUUUGGUGGAAGCUGUGUUGGCGCUUCUGAGAAAGAGGGCAUACGGCCUCCGUCCGCACCACCUCUUUCCUAUGAUUCUGAUCAAGAAAGACAAUCUGGGAGGUAUGGUGAUUAUGCAUUGGAUGGAAACAAGACCUACACAUUGUCUUACCCUGGCAGGCUUCAACCUUCAAUGUCUGAUACAAACCUGGCUGAGGUUGGGCUACAAUCCUACCAGUCUAAACCAGAACCCCAUCUUCAAUCUCAAGGAGAAUUUGCAAUGGACCUAAAUGCUGUAAAACAUGGCUAUGGAGGUUAUAUUGGGAUGCAGUAUGGCUCAUACACAGAUUUGCGUCAUGGAGGAGAACUCCCUGCCCCAACAUUGCCUAUACGGAGAUAUAAUUCUUUGUCUAACAUAAAUUCAGACUACGGCUACUCUGCGCGAGAUAUUGCUAAUUUCCAGGAAGCUAAUUUAGCUCAAUACAGCGCCACAACAGCGAGAGAGAUCAGCCGAAUGUGUGCUGCACUGAAUUCAAUGGAUCGAUAUGGGAGCAAUCCAGACCUUAUGCAAUUUGGGAGUUUAGGGAGAGGAACCACCCCAGCGACCUCAAGACUCUCAGCUGGUCUUGGCUUGAGACAAAAUCUGCUAUUUGGAUUAGAUGGGAAGCCAUUAUCCCACAACCAAGCACUUACUAACCUCAUAAAUGCCAGACAGGCCAGUCUUAGAGCUAUGUACCCUGCAGCCAUUCGGUCCUCAGAUGGGAUGAUCUACUCCACCAUUCAGACACCUAUCGCCUCUACCCUACCUAUUACAACUCAGCCUGCUUCUGUUCUUCGACCACUACUGAGAGGGGUUUACAGGCCUUACCCAUCUGCCAACAUGACACCCGUGCCCCUCUCGAGCCUCACCAGAUUACCAGUGACUCCCAGAAUGUCUUUAUCUGGACAAUCUCCAGUCCAUUACCCUGGACCAGGUCUUCUCCAAACGACAUCAACAUCUGCCACUAUUGAAACAAUCACAACUUUGGCGCCGGCGAGUGCCCCAGUGUCUGUUCCCAUGGCAGCUACCCCCUCUACAGUCCAAGAUGAACCAGUUUACCUUGGCAAGGGUGCUGUUGUAACAUCUUCAUCAGUAGAGGUUGCAUCAGCUGACCCACAGCAUCAACCACUAAACAUGUCCCAAGCUCACCUGAACAGUCAACACCAACAACAGACACAAGCAACUACUGCUCAGUGUUACACAUCAGUUGGCCUUCCAGAUUCUUCUAGUGGUUUAACAGUAGCAGGGGGUUUACCUACCUUCCCCCCGCCUGGUGCUAUACACAAAGAGGGUGAAACAGAGGCAGAAAGGCUGCAUCGGCAGCAAGAGCAGCUUCUCCAGAUGGAGAGGGAGCGUGUAGAGCUGGAGAAACUCCGGCAACUGCGCCUACAGGAAGAGCUAGAACGAGAAAGGAUUGAGCUGAAGCUGCACAGAGAGAAGGAGCAUAUCCUGGUACAGAGAGAAUUACAGGAGCUGCAGAACAUCAAGGAACAGGUUCUACAACAGCAGCAACAAGAACGAGAGAAACAACUUGUUGUCCAGAGGGAACAACUGGCCCAGCAGAAAUCCCAGCUCGACCAGAUCCAGUCCUUACAACAACAGCUCCAGCAGCAGCUUGUAGAACAGAAGCGGCAGAAAACAGCUGCUGUAGUCCAGAACAUGCAAAUGGAUGUGAAUGGACAGCCUUUGCAUCCUUAUACCGACCAUCACAUCGGAUCCCGUUCCCUUCCCAACUCCUCCUCAGAAAUGUGUCUGAGGAGCCACGAGGAGCAUGUUGAGAACCAAAGCAACAUGAGGAAACACAGCUCUAUGACUAGACUGAGCAGAGGCAGCUUGGAUGGAGAAGGCGUAGUCAUCCAUGUCUCCCCUCGCAGGAAUGUGGACAGUUGUGUGCAGACGGAUGAUGAGGAUGGGGAGGAAAGGUACAUGAUACGUCCUCGAACCAGGCGCCGAGGUCGCAGCGUGGACUGCUCCGUCCAGACAGAUGACGAUGAGGAUAAGGCUGAAACAGGACAGCCAAUCCGCCGAAGACGGUCUCGUUUCUCUAGACAUUCGGAAUCCAGUGCCACCGGCAGCGGAAAUGCUACAAGUACAUCUGCCAGUGAUACCAAAACCAGCACAUCUAAGAUGGCAUCCUCCAGUACAGGCGUCCAAACAAUCAGGGAAAUCUCCUGCCAAACGGAACUGGAGCACCUUGGAAGAAUUUCACCUGCAAUCCAUGUGACAUUACCAGACCCAAAUAAAGUAGAGAUUGUGCACUACAUCUCAGGACCCGAACGGACAAAAAAGGGACAGUCACUGGCAUGCCAGACUGACCCAGAAGCUCAGUCCCAGGGCGUUGUCGCUCCCCAGCUUAGCGUACCAACCACAGUCAGCCCAUAUUCGUCUUCCUCCACCAGCAGCGGAACCCACCAAUCUGGUUCGACUGAAAUGUCCACACAGCAGCGCCAGCAGCAGCAUAUCACAGCAAACGCAGCUAAGUUUGAGCGCCGCCGUCCUGACCCACUCGACAUUAACUACCAGCCCCAUAACCAUCUGCACAAUGAGUCCAUCUCCAGUAUCAUCCGCCAGCAGCAGACAGUCCCGAAAUCCCCACAGGUCCUCUACUCACCUGUCUCCCCGGUUUCCCCUCAUCGCCUAUUGGAGAAUUCACUGUCAAGUGAGAGACUGAACAAGGCCCAUGUCACACCUCAGCAGAAGGCAUACACUGCAGAGUCCCCCCAGCGACAUCCGUCCAUGCCCAGACCCAUCAAGACCACUCAAAGGUCCAUGUCAGACCCCAAAUCACUCAGUCCUACAACUGAUGAGCACACCAAGGCUAGGCUGUCCCUCUAUCAACAACAAGCACUGCAGAACCAGCUGGCAGCCCUUCAUCAGAGCUCGCUGCUCCGUAAGGUCAAGAGAACCCUGCCAAGCCCUCCUCCAGAAGAGACGACUGCUUCAGUUCAUCUACCCCUGAUGACGCCUGCCCUCCAACAGGUCUACUUGCCAUCCGUGCCCAGCCUCAAGCCCAGCUCCAGGUCUGGCCUUGCCGCCAAAGCCAGCCUUCUCAAAGACCUCACCCAUGAGCUGAAGGCGGUGGAGCAAGAAUCGACCAAACUUAGAAAGCAGCAAGCUGAACUGGAGGAGGAGGAAAAGGAGAUUGAUGCUAAGCUGAGAUACCUCGAGCUAGGGAUCCACCAAAGGAAAGAGACAUUGGUCAAAGAGAGGGAGAGGAGAGAUAUUGCUUAUCUGAGGUGUAUGGGUGAUGCUAGGGACUAUAUGUCUGAUAGCGAGCUAAACAACCUACGAUUGGCAGCCGCAGCUGCAUCACAUGAGGCCAAUGGACUACUGACAACAAGGCCAAGUACUGCUCCACUCAGCCAGUUUAGCCAUGAUCUGAACACAGGAGCCCAGUACACCCCCACAUCAUCAUUUCACUCUCAGUACCCCCAGAGCCAACCAGCAGCACCAACUCAAUCAAGUUUACCCUACCAGUCCUCAACAUUUAACCAGGCUCCUUAUCCAACAGUGUCUCAAUCCCAGGCACUACCACAGCCGACUCCCCUCCAGAGUCAUGGUCACCCCCAAGGACCACCCUACCAAUCUCCAACAGUAUACUCUUCUCAAAACUACCCCCAAACUCAACCACCAUAUCCACAAACAGACAUAGGUUUGCCAAGUGCACCGCAACCUCAGUCCCAACCAGGGCACACAGGUUUUGGGCCUGCACCACCUGGUCAGCCCCCAUACCCCACCCACAGCUCACCUUAUCCGAGUGCUGUGUCCUCUUACCCCAGCCAGAGUACUCCUUACCCCGGGCAACCCCAAACUGAUAUUUUGACAUUACAUCAAGGAAGGCCAAGGCAGACAUCGCUGGCUGAUCUGGAGCACAAGAUGCCGACCAAUUAUGAGACAAUCAGCAACCCUACAGUUGUGGUCACCACCACGGCACAAGACAUGACCUAUUCCAGUUCAGCUGCCUCAUUUGGUCAAUACACUGGAACGACAACCAUGGCCAACUAUGGACCCUAUGGCUCAGCAGCGUUGGCCAGUUGUUAUGGUGGGUUCUCUACAAUUCCACCUAGUACUUAUGGACAGUAUACAUCAACGACUGUAAAUUCAUAUGGCCAGUACACUACAACCAAUGUGAAUGCAUAUGGCUACACAGCAACAACAGCCAGCUCAUAUGGACAGUACACGUCGACAGUUUCCAAUGCCUAUGGACAUGCCGUGGAUAGUCCCUCCAUCUACAGUACAGCAGAUGGCAUGUAUCCGGCACCUGGAUUAGAACAAAAUAUCCCAAGAAACUACAUGAUGAUAGAUGAUGUAAGCGAGCUGACGGCAAAAAAUGGGCUGGGCACGACAACAGGGGACGUGAUCCAUCACAGCGGCGCGGGGCGUUACCCUGGCGACACCCACGGUCACAGCAGCACCAUUGGCAGCACGACGCGUGGGGGAACUGGCAGCUCCAUGUACAGCAGAGCACCUGAGGAGGAAGCAGCGAUGCAGGAAGAAUUGUACGACCACCAUGGCAGGGGUAAGAGCAGCUACAGACACGGACCUCUAGGGGGCAGCAGCAGCGUGAGCAGUAGCAUGGGUGGGGGAUCAUCCUAUUACUAUGAUCACGACUACAAACAUGGCAGCUACCGACCCGCGGUGCAGAAAUCAUCAUCCCCCAGAAGCCAUUUGGCUCCUGCUGUCAUGUCCACCAAACGCAGCAAGCACAGGAAACUGGGCAGUAUGGAGCAGAAAAUCUCCAAAUUCUCCCCCAUUGAGGAGGCUCGGGAUGUAGAGGCAGACCUGGCCUCCUAUUCUUCGUCAGCAGGUGGAGGUUACCCCUCCUCCCACAUCCGAGGACGUCAGCUGAUAGAGGACUAUGGCUUCAAGAGGAGUACUUAUAACACCGGCAGUGGCAUCACCCAUGGUAGUCGAUACUUCGGCUCAGUGGGAGAGGAGGACGAUCGGAUUUACUACACUUCCACUGGUCGCUCACGUUCCACCGGCUAUGGCAUGGACAAGAUCACAGCCAGAGACUACUCUGGGUACCGGAGCAGAUCCUAUGAGAGGGACGACCACGCCUACCGAUCUGGCUUUAGCCGGGGACGCCACCCAACUAGACAGUACUCUGAAGAGGAAAGCCCACUCAGUCCCAAAGGGAGAUUCAUGGGCUCCGGGCGAUCAUCAAGCUUAGAUCCCGACCCAUAUGACAGUCGCAGCGGUAGAUACCAUUACUAUUAUGGCCAAUAUGGUUCCAGUCACUCUCUCCCAGAUGUGCAAGACCACAUACGGGACCUACCACGGACCCAUGUCUACAAGUCGGAUGAUACAUACAUAAUAGACGAUUAUCACUGUGCUGUGUCAGACAGUGAAGCCUGCAUGCCGCUGUCUCCAAACGACAUGGAGAUUGACUGUGAUCUGCUUUCGGUUUCCAAAGCCUACCAUCUGGGCCAGGAAGAGACAGACUGGUUUGAGAAGCCACGUUCCAGUUCUCGUCACUAUGGCAGCAGCCACUCAUCUGGAAGGAGUCGCCAUGGUGUCAAACACACCUACCAUGAUUAUGAUGAGCCCCCCGAGGAAGACAUGUGGCCUCAGGAUGAGUACAGUCACGGAGUACGACAUUCUUCAUCCACCCGCGACCACCGGCAUCAUGGCAGUUCAAGUCGCCACUCAUCCUCGUCACGUCAUUCAGAUGAACCAAGGUCCUCUAGGUCAUCUAAGGGCCACCCAAAAGACCCGUCCAUACGGCAUGACCCUUCAGGGAGGUCUUCGUCAUCAGGAAGACGUGGUGAUUCAAGGUCUGGAGCCUACCACUCGUCUGACUACUUGCGAGAUCCAUCUGGCCACCAUCAUGGCCAGAGAUCCUCUAGGCAAGGUGAUCCACAUCGGUCCUCACGCAGCAAGUCUCAGCAACAAGUCGACAUGCAGGGCCAGCCAGCAGGCACCUCCAGGUCUGGCUCCUCUUCAAGGGGCCAGUGUCCUCCCGGUGGUCCUUCAGGAUCCGGGCGACAGGUUGGUCAAGUUUCCCAGAAUGACGGUCCCCCAGGACAGAGGACGCAACUACAACAGCAGGCUCAGACUUCGACCGCAAGGCUUGGGCAGCAAGGGGCCCUAACCACCACCGGUGCCCAGCAACAGCCCCUAACGCAGGGACAAAACAUGGGCGUGGGGCAGGGCCAGGUCAAACCGGGGCAAAUAGGAGCAACGAGUGGGCCUAUGGGUCAGACCAGGCAAACGGGUCCCACGGGAACAUCACCUGGCCCCAUGUCCAAGAUUGAGACACCUCCAGUGACAGCCAUCGGAGCAAAAGCAGCGCCUGUCAUUGCCUCAAAAGGAGCUCAACCGCCUCUGACUGGCAUAGGCUCCAAAGCUGCUCCGAGGCCGGGCGGCAUCGGCAGUGCGGCAGCAGGUCAGCCAGGCAUGGAGGGAGACAGCAUGUUGUCCAAGAUCUUGCCAGGAGGAGCUGCCGAACAAGCUGGGAAACUGGGAGAAGCUAUAUCCGGUUUUGGCAAAAAAUUCACCUCUUUCUUCUAAAGUGCUACGUUUAAGGACUAUUUAAAAACACAAAGCCAUGAGACCUUGUACCAGACAAACCUGCCACAUUCCUCUUGAUUUUCAUUCCCUAAAAGAGAGAAAGAGAAGGAGAGCGGGCCGAGUGGAGAAUCAACCAUUCAAAUCAUUCCAGGGGGUCUAGUCUUCGAUCCAAAAGUCCACCUUGACUUCAAACCACGUUCGAUAAAACACCCCAGCGGGGGCCCAACAUCAAGAACAAUGCAGAAGAAGCAGUCAAGUACAAUCACUAAGGAUCACGUACCGCCAGUCGAUCGUGUGGAUCUAGCUUAGCAGCAAGCGCCACUGGCAGAACAUGAACGGCGCCAUGUAUCGGGUCGAAUGCAAACUCAUCCAAGGAAGCAGCUUUGUUCUUCUUCCACUUACUCUCUUGUGAAGAAUUGAAAAGAGAGAGGGACUUAAAGUAAUUGCAGCGCAGGUUUUUCUGGUACAGACCACCUCAUUGUUUCUUUACCCGUCCAAUUCAAAGAAAAUGACAACGCUGACGCGCUGCCUGCGUCUCUUUUCCACGAUAUGCCCUCUUUCUAUCUACAUUCCAGAUUGCGACUUCUCUUCCGCACUUUUGCCCGCCACCGUUUUCUAAUCGCUCCUCCAUUUGUCUUGAAAGAAAUGUAUCGUGAAGGGGGAGAAUUUAGAAUGCAUGGAACUUUAUAGACCUUUACACUGUUCGUCAUCACUAAGCAGACGCCGGCAAAUGGAUCGGACCUAAACUACACAAACGGGAUCAGAAACGAAAUGUCAAAAAACAAAAAUGUAUUCAGAGUAAAGCCACGUGGUUAUCAGCCAUUCCGAAGCCAUUAAGACAUUUUUUUGUCAAUACUUGUGGUGAAUUGCUUUCUCAGCGCUUCUCAAUUUCCCACGGUGUGCAUUUUUAUUUUGUUAAGUUGCCAGCACAGCCUUAAAUUUUUCGUUUUAUUUUAAAAUGGAAUAUUUUUUUAUGACAUCCAUGAACACACUUUAUGUAUUUCUUCACGUAAAUGCUGACUGUGAGAUUCAUUUCGAGUUUCUUAUCACUUUUUUUGUGAAGUUGUGUCACUUUUAUUGCCAAGCCCCCAUCAUCCCCUUUGUUUUUUGUUUUUGUUUGUUUUUACCACUCAACAGAGUUCUGAACAAUAACAAAGCAAUAGAGUAAAAGGAGACGGUAAAGAGCACAAAGAUGUGUCCUUCGAAAAAGUAGAAAUGUGUCCCCUCUGCCUGUCUAAUUUAACGGUGAGUGACGCUCACCAAUUAGCAUAUGAGGAAACGUAACCCCCCCACGCCCACCCUCCCCAAUCCCUCAACCUCUCAGUGUUGUCUUAAAACUAUGACUCACUAAUAUGUUAAAACAACUUGCAAAUGAUCUCGGUCUAGCCACGAGUCACUGAUGCAGCCGAGAGCGCCAGAGGCCACCAGAGAAGCAAUGAAGAUGCAGACCCCAGCCGGCCUCCGCAUCCUAACUUGGAUUUUGAAGUCACUUUGGGACAAUGCCCCCGCACUCCUCCUUUACCCAAGCCCUACAUCUCACCUGUCAUCAAUAUGUAUCAGCAUGUGUCUUCAAUCAUCGAAUGUGCACGGCGCACAUGAAAGCACACGCCAAAAUGCUGUCAAAAGAGGACAAAAAGGAACCAAAAAUCCCUUUUUUAUUUAUUUUUUUUUUUUGCUCACCCUGACCUUCAACCUCUCUCAAUUGUCUCGGAAACUACUCAGGUCAGUGUUCUCCCUCCUGCUGAUGAUGCUCCCGCAGUCCAUUGUGGGAUCUGGUCUUUGCCUACGCGCCACACAACAGCGACGACAAUAGGACUGUCCAGGCCGAACGUAAAUGACAUUCGUGUUGUGUAUUGUCCGAUGAGAACGUUCGCCGGGGACCUUCGCAUGCUGACCGGCGUUGACAAAAAAAAAAAAAGGAAAACCUCAAAGUCAUUUCAAUAUUGUUCUGUUCCUAACGUUUGUGUGUACGUGCGUAUGAGUGUGGCCUUUCUGUUUGUAUCCACCCACCAAUGAGGAACGUAAAAGAGUCCAAUGAGACACCACAGGUUCAGUAGGGGGGCUAAAUGUCAACCUUGCAUCUCCACUCGUUCUAUGCAAUGAAUAACAUUUGUUAACAGUGCAAAUAUGAGCAAGAAAAGUGGGCAAAAAGUCGCCAUCUUAGCCGGACGUUUUUGGCACUCCUUGAAUAAUAGUAGUAGUAGUAGAAAAUAUGCUGCUUUUAGUCCGUGUUUAGCUGGAAAAUGCCCGAUUUGUGGCACAGAAGGUAGCUGUUAGCCCUCUUUAUCGUCACAGGGAGGGGCUCAAUAUGACCCCGUGAAAUGUUGAACAUCUCAAAAUGACAAAUUGACUUUUCAAAUGUCAUUACCUUCCUAGUUUUAGGAGGACAACUGAGUAAAAUUAACUUCACUACUUCAUCUACAUAAUGUUGCAGACACCUUGUGUUGUUUAAAUUCAAAACAUUGCUAGUAAUUUAAUACAGAGAGUCAAACUCAUUAUGAAGAUUUAUUGAAGAAAAGGCCAAUUUCGACCUAAUCUCUCUGUUUCUGAUGGAAUGUUUUAAUUUCUUACAAUGACUGAACAACAAAUUCAGUAGUAGUAUGUUUCCAUGAUAUUGAUAUUUAUUGAGAUGCAUCUGUAAGGGCUAUUUAGGUAGUAAUUACAUCUGGUGAGUCCAAUUGCUGUGGUCAACUUCAGCCCAAGAAAACAAAAGUUAGCCCAUUCGUAACAAAAAGAAAAAGGCGCAUGUGAUAACAUAACUCAGGCAUUACUCGUGAUGUUACUUCAAGUCUGGGUUCACUUGGUGAAGAGAUAUUUUCCAGACUAAG